AUGCUCGAAGUGUUGUGCGCCAUCCUUGCGUUCCUGCUCAUCCUGGCGCUGACCUUCACGAAUGGAUACUGGCUUAUCACGCUGGACGAGCUGGAACUGGAUCAUUUGAAUCCCGCCGACGUGUGCAAACGCUUGAACAGAUUGGUUGUCCCAGAAGUGAUUGCGCACGGCGUACUGAUCGUUGCAUCGUUGCUGGGGUUUGCACCGGGGAUGCUUGUCCUCAACCUGCCGCUCGCGUUGUGGCACGGACGAAAGUACAUGCGCAACGAAAACUACUUGGACCCCACCGACAUCCUCCGCUUCAAGAACUUGAAAGCGACUCGCCACGAAGCUAUCGCGAAGAUUCUCUUCUAUGGCCUGCUUAUCAUCUACGCCAUGUUUUGGAUGGUGUCGGCUAUUGUCGCCUCGUCGAAGCGAAAGGUGUCGGGCUAG